AUGGAGGGCGCUGCCUUGGCGCCGCUUGUCCUGCGGCUGCUCCUGCUGCUGGCCCUGCCGGGCGCCGCACGGCUGACCAGAGCCCCGGAGCCCCCACCCCAGACUCCCAAGGACAAUAUCAGAGUCAAUGUAACUACCCUGAUGGAUGAUGGGCAAGUAUCUAAAGAACAGGUUGUUCUUAACAUAACCUAUGAGAAUGGGCAGGUAUAUGUAAAUGACUUUCCUGUAAACAAUGGUGUAACCAGAAUAAGCUGUCAGACUUUAAUCGUGAAGAAUGAAAAUCUGGAAAAUGAGGAAAAAGAAUAUUUUGGAAUUGUCAGUGUAAGGAUUUUAGUUCAUGAGUGGCCUAUGACAUCUGGUUCCAGUUUGCAGCUAAUUGUCAUUCAAGAAGAGGUAGUAGAGAUUGAUGGAAAACAAACUCAACAAAAAGAUGUUACUGAAAUUGACUUUUUAGUUAAGAACAAGGGAGUCCUCAGACAUUCAAACUACACGCUUCCUUUGGAAGAAAGCAUGCUGUACUCCAUUUCCCGGGACAGUGACACUUUAUUUACCCUCCCUAACCUCUCCAGAAAAGAAAAUGUGGGUGCACUGCAGACCACCAGUCAGUACCUCAUAAGGAAUGUGGAAACCACCAUCGAAGAGGAUGCUUUACCUGGCAAACUACCCGAAACUCCUCUCAGAGCAGAGCCUCCAUCUUCAUAUAAGGUCAUGUGUCAGUGGAUGGAAAAGUUCAGGAAAGACCUGUGCAGGUUCUGGAACUCUCUUUUCCCUGUGUUCUUUAUGUUUCUCAAUGUCAUGGUGGUCGGAAUUACAGGAGCAGCUGUGGUAAUAACUAUCUUAAAGGUGCUUUUUCCAGUUUGUGAAUACAAAGGAAUUCUUCAGUUGGAUAAAAUCAAAGUUAUACCAGUGACAGCCAUCAACUUAUAUCCAGAUGAUCUUGAGAAAACAGCAAAAAGCCUCGAAGACAAAACACUUAUUUAA